UGACCGCUCGGGUCUCGCUGGCUGUCUGAGUGGCCGGUCCUGAGCGCCAUGGCCUCCGCCGGGGUGGCCGCCGGGCGACAGGCUGAGGAUGCGUUACCGCCGUCGGCCGAGCCGCCGCUGCCCGAGACGAAGUCGCUGCUGCCUCCGCAGGCACCGCCGCCGGUCGCCGCGCCUCAGCCGCAGCGGUCUCCGGCGGUGAGGCCUCAGUCCCCGGCGGGCGUGAAGGAGGAGGAGAACUUCUCCUUUCUGCCGUUGGUUCACAACAUCAUCAAAUGCAUGGACAAAGACAGCCCGGACAUCCACCAGGACCUGAACGCCCUCAAAACCAAGUUCCAGGAGAUGCGCAAGGUCAUUAGCACCAUGCCUGGCAUCCACCUGAGCCCUGAGCAGCAGCAGCACCAGCUGCACAGCCUCCGGGAGCAAGUCAGGACCAAGAAUGAACUUCUGCAGAAGUACAAGAGCCUCUGCAUGUUUGAGAUCCCCAAGGAGUAGAGGCCAGCUUCCAGGAAUGCCGGAGAAAGAAAGGGGAGAGCACAUGGCCUUACUGCUCCCCCACCACUCCCUUGGAGUGUGGUUCUUUCAGACCUCAGCUCUGAACUUUGUAGCCAAGUAGGGUGGGGGCAUAUACUGCUUCCUCAGCUGAGUUUGGCUCUGUGAGGAGCCAGCCCUCGAGCUUGACUUCUUGGGGCUUCCUUGUGUAUAUCCAUAUGUCUAGAUGCAUAAUAACUCGAGUGCCUGCUGGGGGAAGGAAGAGUGUUCCUAGAGGCUGGGGAGGGGUGGAGGACUCUACCCCUGCCUCUGGGGAGGGGGCCAUCUGCUGUGUAUUCAGGCUCCACCCGCAGAUCUGAAGAGCACAGCAGGAAAGGAGGCGGCUCCUCUCUGCUUCCUGCCCUCCCCUCCUUCCACCCCCUGGAUAUGAGCAGUGUGUCCCAGGUACAUAUUGUUCUGUUAAUAGCAGUGUCAUGAAACAUUUGCAUAGAAUUCACUGGACAAAUUAGGCCUGCAUUCACACGGCAUGGAUUUAAAAUGGUAAAAGAAGGCCGAGAGAGAAUGCACAUUGUUUUGAAAGACUACAGGGUGGCUUUUUCCCCCUGACACAGUUUGU